GAAAAAGAGGGUGAUGAAGAUUCCGGCGAGAUUUCAGCGGAUGGCGGCGGCGUUUGAGGAAAGCAGUGGCAGCGAGCACUCCUCAGCUGCCGAGACUUUCACCGACUUGUCGGACCUUGUGAAGUCGUUUAUGGAGAGAGAUUAUCAUUUUGAAGGUGGAGAUCGUUGUGAUGAUGUGGUGGAGAAUGAGAAAGACGGCGUCGUAUCGGACGGCGUCGUAUUGGACGGCGGCGAAUGGUCGUUGCCGGAGGCUGUUGGAACGCUGCAGAGGUUGAUUGGCGGCCGAGAAAGUAAGGGAAUCCGCAGGAAAAUUGAGGUUGAGGUUGAGUUGGCUUGCAGGUUGAUUGGGGAGGAGCCUUCUUCUCCCGAUUUCAAACGUAAGUUGAUGACUCAACUCCGGGACCGUGGCAUUGAUGCUGGUCUAUGCAAAUCCAAAUGGGAAAAAUUCGGGCGAUUUCCGGCUGGAGAUUACGAAUACGUAGACGUAAAAGUCAAUGAAAACCGCUACAUUGUGGAAGCUUUUCUCGUGGGAGAAUUCGACAUCGCUCGCCCGACAACUCAAUACGCAAUGCUUCUAAAAGCUUGCCCUCAAAUAUAUGUUGGGAAAGUAGAAGAGCUAAAGAAGAUAGUGAAAGCGAUGUGCUCAGGCAUGAGAGAGUCAAUGAAAAGCAACCAAAUGGCCAUCCCACCAUGGAGGAGAAAUGGUUAUAUGCAAGCCAAAUGGUUUGGUUCAUACAAGAGAACAACCAAUGAAGUGCCCACCAAAAGGGCAUCAUUAUUGGAACCUCCAAUGCCUUUGGCAGCAAACAAAUCAAUAGGGUUUGAAGCUUUGCCUCUGAAAAUUUACCAUAAUUGCAGAGGGGAAUUUUGUAGAAGACAUAAUAAUGAGCUCAAAGUUAGCCAUUUGAGCGCUGCUUUUGAAGAACAAGGAAUUGGGAUGUAAUCAUAUAUAUAGUUUCCUAUGUGUAUAUAGAACCAGGUAGCUGCAAGCAAGCCAUUGGUUUAUUGAUUCUUAGAGGU